UCCUCCCAAUAGGAAGGGCGCAUCCCGGAUAGCUAGCUGGCUAGCUGUACUCAACAUAACCAUGGCAGUUAACCUCAGCAAAAAUGGCCCUGCAUUAACAGCUGCAUAUAAGGAAGUGGUAGAUGAAAAGUCCAACACAAACUGGGCCUUGUUCACCUAUGAGGGAAACAGCAAUGAUAUCCGCUUGGCCGAAAAGGGUGAUGGAGGACUGGAGGAGCUGUUUGAGGAGCUGAACAGUGGGAAAGUGAUGUACGCUUUCUGCCGGGUCCAGGAUCCAAAUUCCGGCCUGCCUAAAUAUGUCCUCAUCAACUGGACUGGAGAGGGAGUGAAGGAUGCCAGGAAAGGAUUAUGUGCAAAUCAUGUCCACUCCAUGGGGAAUUUCCUGAAGGGGGCCCACGUCACAAUAAACGCCAGAGCAGAGGAGGAUGUGGAACCUGAGGUGAUCAUGCAAAAAGUGGCCAAAGCCUCCGGGGCCAACUACAGUUUCCACAAAGAAACCCCCAGCCGCUUCCAGGACAGUGGUCCCCAGGGUCCUGUGGGCUCAGUGUACCAGAAGACCAACGCUGUGUCGGAAAUCCGAAAGACCAAUAAAGACAACUUCUGGGCACAGGCAGAGAAAGAUGAGGAGAGACGUCGCCAGGAAGAGCGACGCAAGACAGAUGAGGAGCGCCAGCAGCUGGAGAGAGAGAGGAAAGACAGAGAGGCCAAGGAGGCAGCACAGCGGGACAAAAGGGACAAGGAGAGGGCCGUUCAAAUCGAGCAACAAAAGAAGUACCAGCAGCAGCAGGAUGACGAGCCUAAACAGGAGAAACCAAAUAGGGAAGAGCAGGAGGAGAACCAGGCAGCCCAGAGGAAAGCAGUCAAGCGAGGUGAAUCUGUGGAAAAGGCUAAUGAGGCUGCUUCUCUCAUCUCUCAGCGUGCUAUGAACCCCAGAGACAUGUUCAAGCAGAGAGAGAAAGGUAUAACUCCCAGUGUCCCGGACGUCCCCGCUGCAGCUCCCGCUAGCCCACAGCCAGGGCGUCUGCAAAGCCCUUUUCUGUCUAAGCCAGUGUAUGAAACUGAGCGAGCCAGCUCACCUCAACGCCAAGCUUCUCCUGUGCCUGCAGGCUCCGCCUCUCCUGUCCGCGCCACAGAGCCAGAUGCUGAUGAUGGGCAGUCCAGGUGUGAGUAUGAUGAGCAGGAGGCAGCUCCCCAGGAACAGUGGAAAGAGGAGACACCAGCUGCCAACUCCUACGUCCAGGAACCAGCUUAUGAAGAGCCCGCUCAGGUGGAGGAGAAUAACACUUAUGAGGUGCCUGCUGAGGAGACACCAGACAGAGGCACCUGUGCCAGGGCUUUAUAUGACUACCAGGCUGCUGACGAUACAGAGAUCUCAUUCGACCCCGACAACAUCAUCACUGGGAUUGAGAUGAUAGACGAGGGCUGGUGGCGAGGGUAUGGCCCAGACGGUCAUUUUGGAAUGUUCCCAGCCAAUUACGUCGAGCUCAUGUAGCCCGGCACACUUUCCCGAGAUCACCACACUGGCAGCCACAGAGGACCUCAGCAGUAAAAACGACACACAACACGCCUCAGUCGUCACACUCAAGUGAUCGGGCUGAAAACGGAGCAAACGAUCCUCCACUUCAUGGACCAAUGAACGGCUGGUAAUCGCGGGCCAGAAGCUUUUGAAGUCUAUCCUCAUUUCAAAAAAUCAAUUCCAUUAAAACGUUGAUGUUGUAAGCAGUUGAUGGCAUAGUUUAGGGAUUUGUGGAAAAAAAAACCCUAGGCUAAUGAAUACUUUCCCUCAUGAAAUCUCCUUACCUUUUUAAAUGUGAUACAGUACAAAAUCAACCUUUGUUAAUGUUAAAUUCAAUUGUACGCAUUAAUAGCACUUCUAGUUCACAUUCCUUACAAAGUGACUUCAGUUCUAUUUCAGGUAUAAUUUCAUUGUUACUUAUUGUAGCAAUUGCGCCUGUGCAUUUCAGGAAAAAAAAAAAUCAAAGAUAAUGGUACCAGCUACAGUAUAAUCUUUUGCCUUGUUUUUGCCUUUCUUUACCGGAGGACUGAACUUUCCUUUUUUCCUUUUUAAAAAAAAAAAAUGUGAUUGAACUUGCAUCCUGUGUGAAUUUCAAACUAUGUUUUAGUACUGAUCUGACUGUGGUUGAAGUGAACAUUUUCUCUGCUCUGAGUGGUUGACUUUAGUGAAAAUACAUAAAAUGGUUAAAUUUACCUUUUACUGUGAGUAUAAAAUGGUUGCUUUCAUUUUUUUGCCCCUCCCCACAAUUCCUUCCUCAUCUGGACCAAAUCAUUUUAACAUAUUUAACUUUUCAGGGACAAGCUGAAGAGAGGCAAACAUAAACAUAAUUUUUCUUUCUUUUUUUUGUUCUUUUUUUUUUUGGAUCUCGCUGGUCUGAGGUUGAGUUUGAGUGCAUAACAGAUCUCUAAUAUGUGAUAUCAUGGUGCCAUAAGAAGCGCUUGGUGACAUUUUACUUUAACAUUUGGACUAUUUGACAGCAGACAUUAUGCAAGUUCACUAUUUUUUAUCUGGGAAUACCAUUCUUGCUUUUUAAAGCGUUGUGGUCAGUUGACAAAAAGGAAAUAAAAAAAUAUGAAUUGAUCAUGAAUAGAAAAGGGCAUCAUGUAUCCACUGCAUUAUUCAUGUUUGUUUUUCCAGAGUAUAUUGUAAUGCACAGACAUUCUUCAUAAUAAAAGAAAUAAACAAG